GCAACUCCUGGAUCAGCUCAGAGCCACUGGCCCCUGCGCGCCCUCUGCCCACUUCAAGCCAGCUUGGAAGGAAGUUUCCCAGAGGGAAAGGACGGGAGGCGACUCAGGUUGUUCACGUUUUAUUCAGCUUUAAAUGAACAGUAGGAGGCGCCAGUAAGAUUGUCAGUCUGCCGUGCUUACUUCCUGGAGAGCAAUGGCGAAACUUGUAACUGGAAAAAGAUUAAUCCUAUCACUGAUCUUCCUUUUGUUAAAGUUAUCACUAGCAGUUAAAAUACCACUCUCAGUUCCACAGGCUCCAACAAUCACAAAACAGCCAAAAGAGCAAGUCGCCUUUCCCUUUGAUGAGUAUUUUCAAAUUGAAUGUGAAGCUAAAGGAAAUCCAGAGCCAGUAUUUUCUUGGACUAAGGAUGGCAAGCCCUUUGAUAUUUCUGAUGCUCCAGUAAUUCCAUCUAAUCAUUCAGGGACAUUCAAGAUUCCAAAUGAGGGACACAUAUCUCAUUUUCAAGGGAAAUACCGCUGUUUUGCUUCUAAUAAGUUAGGAGUUGCUGUGUCAGAAGAAGUAGAAUUCAUAGUUCCAAGUGUUCCAAAAUUUCCAAAAGAAAAAAUUGAGCCUCUGGAUAUAGAAGAAGGAGACCCCAUUGUCCUCCAGUGCAACCCUCCCAAAGGCCUUCCACCUCUGCACAUUUACUGGAUGAACAUUGAAUUAGAGCACAUUGAACAAGAUAAAAGAGUGUACAUGAGUCAAAAGGGAGACCUGUACUUCGCAAAUGUGGAAGAAAAAGACAGUCGGAAUGAUUACUGCUGCUUCGCUGCAUUUCCAAGACUAAGAACGAUAGUACAAAAAAUGCCAAUGAAACUAACAGUUAACAGUUUAAAGCAUGCUAAUGACUCAAGUUCAUCCACAGAAAUUAGUACCAAGGCAAAUUCAAUCAAGCAAAGGAAACCUAGACUGCUGCUGCCUCCCCCUGAGACAGGCAGCGAAUCUGCUGUCACUAUCCUCAAAGGGGAAGCUCUGACGCUGGAGUGUUUCGCUGAGGGACUACCAACUCCAGAGGUUGAGUGGACCAAAUUGGGUGGUGAUUUACCAAAAAGAAGUGAAACAAAAGAAAAUCAUGGCAACACAUUGAAGAUAGAAAAUAUCUCCUACAGGGACAAAGGAAAUUAUCGCUGUACAGCUAGCAAUUUCUUGGGAUCAGCCAGUCAUGAUUUUCAUGUCAUAGUGGAAGAGCCUCCCCACUGGACAAAGAAACCUGAGAGUGGUGUGUACAGCAUGGGCACCAGUGGUAUCCUGUUGUGUCAGGCCGAAGGAGAGCCGCAGCCUACAGUCACAUGGAAAGUCAACGGCCUCCCAAUUGACAAGUAUCCCUUUGCAGGUGAUGUUGUCCUUCCUGGGGAAGUUAGCUUCAGCAAUAUACAUCCGAAUCACACUGCUGUGUACCAGUGCGAAGCCACAAAUGUGCACGGGACUAUCCUUGCCAAUGCCAAUGUUGAUGUUUUAGAUAUUAUUCCAAUAAUACAAACUAAAGAUGAAGAAAAUUAUGCUACCGUGAUUGGCUACAGUGCAUUCCUCCACUGUGAAUACUUUGCUUCACCACGGGCGGUUGUUACUUGGCAGAGAAUGGAGGAAGUGCAACCCCUGGAAGGCAGUCGGUACCAUGUCCACGAAAAUGGUACAUUACAGAUCUUUGAAGCCACCGAAGAAGAUGCAGGCUCAUACUCUUGUUGGGUAGAGAAUGCUAUGGGGAAAACUGCAGUCAUUGCCAAUUUGGAUAUUAGAAAUGCUACAAAACUUAGAGUUUCUCCUAAGAAUCCCCGGGUCCCCAGAUCACACAUGCUUGAGUUAUAUUGUGAGAGCGAAUGUGACUUACAUUUGAAGCAGAGCUUAAAGCUGUCCUGGAGUAAAGAUGGAGAAGCCUUUGAAACUAAUGGUACAGAAGAUGGCAGGAUAGUUAUCGAUGGAGCUAAUCUGACCAUUUCUAAUGUGACUUUAGAGGAUCAAGGUAUUUACUCCUGUUUGGCUCAGACUGCUCUGGACAGCAUGGCUGAGAUAACUGAAGUAACUGUUCUUGAUGUUCCAGAUCCACCAGAAAACCUUCACUUGUCUGAAAGACAGAACAGGAGUGUCCGGCUGUCCUGGAGAGCUGGAGAUGACCACAAUAGCAACAUUAGUGAAUAUAUUGUGGAAUUUGAGGGAAACAGAGAAGAACCUGGAAGAUGGGAAGAGCUGACAAGGGUCCAAGGACAGGAAACAACAGUCUUGUUAGGGUUGGCUCCAUAUGUGAGGUACCAGUUCCGGGUCACAGCUGUGAAUGAGGUGGGGCAGAGCCACCCUAGCCAGCCCUCGGACCACCAUGAAACACCACCGGCAGCUCCAGACAAGAAUCCACAAUACAUAAAGGUUCAAGCUUCUCAACCCAAGGAAAUGAUUAUAAAAUGGGAGCCUUUGAAAUCCAUGGAACAGAAUGGGCCAGGGCUGGAGUACAGAGUGAGCUGGAAGCCACAGGGAGCGCUGGUGGAGUGGGAAGAGGAAACAGUCACAAACCACACCUUGCGGGUGAUGACGCCCAGUGUUUAUGCUCCUUAUGAUGUGCAAAUUCAAGCCAUCAAUCAGCUUGGCUCUGGACCUGAGCCUCAAUCAGUGGUUCUGUACUCCGGAGAAGACUAUCCUGAUUCUGCUCCAGUGGUCCAUAAUGUGGACGUUAUAAACAGUACACUAGUUAAAGUUACCUGGUCAACAAUUCCAAAGGACAGGGUCCAUGGACAUCUGAAAGGAUAUCAGGUAAACUGGUGGAAAACAAAAAGUCUGUUGGAUGGAACAACACAGCCCAAAGAAGUAAACAUUCUGAGAUUUUCAGGACAAAGGAACUAUGGGAUGGUUCCUUCUCUAGAUGCUUUCAGUGAAUUUCACCUAACAGUCUUAGCCUACAAUUCAAAAGGAGCUGGGCCAGAAAGCGAACCCUAUAUAUUUCAAACCCCAGAAGGAGUACCUGAACAACCAGCUCUGCUCAAGGUCAUCAAAGUUGAUAAAGACACUGCCACCUUAUCCUGGGAGCGACCUAUGAAACUAAAUGGAAAUUUAACUCAAUAUUUGUUACAAUACCAGAUUAUAAAUGACACAGAUGAAAUUGGAGAAUUAAAUGAAAUCAAUAUUACAACUCCAUCGAAGUCCAGCUGGCAUCUUUCAAACCUCAAUGCAACUACCAAGUACAAGUUCUACUUAAGAGCUUGUACUUCCAAAGGCUGUGGGAGACCAGCCACUGAGGAAAGUGUCACAUUAGGAGAAGGGAGUAAAGGUAUCAGGAAGAUAUCAGAAGGAGUAAACCUUACACAAAAGGUUCACCCAGUAGAGGUAUCUGAGCCGGGAGCAGAACACAUAGUUCGCCUAAUGACUAAGAAUUGGGGUGAUAACGAUAGCAUUUUUCAAGAUGUAAUUGAGACAAGAGGGAGAGAAUAUGCUGGUUUAUAUGACGACAUCUCCACUCAAGGAUGGUUUAUUGGCUUGAUGUGUGCAAUUGCACUUCUCACAUUAGUCUUGUUAACUGUUUGCUUCGUGAAGCGGAACAAAGGUGGAAAGUAUUCAGUAAAAGAAAAAGAAGAUUUACACCCAGAUCCUGAAGUUCAGUCCGCUAAAGAUGAAACAUUUGGUGAAUACAGUGAUAGUGAUGAAAAACCUCUCAAAGGAAGCCUUCGCUCCCUCCAUAGGGAUAUGCAGCCUACGGAAAGUGCUGACAGCUUAGUCCAGUAUGGAGAGGGAGACCAUGGGCUUUUCAAUGAAGAUGGGUCAUUUAUUGGUGCUUAUGCUGGAUCAAAAGAGAAGGGAUCUGUUGAGAGCAACGGAAGUUCUACGGCAACAUUUCCACUCCGGGCAUAAACACAACAUGGUCACAUGACAUUGAUGGCUUACUCCAACUUUUCAUAUUUAUCUGUUUAAGGAAGCAAGAACUUUCAUAUAGGAGUAGGAAUAUGUUGGCAGAUUGUUUCCAGAAUGUGGUAUCCUGAAAUUAUGUGGAUCAUAGCUCUGCCUUCAAAAACUAAAACAGCAACCAUAUCCAGGCUAUGUUCUGUUUUUGUUUUUGUAUUUGGUGUUGCAAAUGCAGAAUACAAAAUGAAUCCUGUAUCUAGACACAUCUCUAAAUCCAAAGUAUCCUUUUGGCAUAUGCCAUAUCUGCCUGAUGUCACUGCACAGUGGGUUUGCAUAGAGGUUGCUAUAAUGUGGGUUUAUCUCCAUACGCACAUUUGUAUUCAGUCUCUGAACUGUAUUAGUGACUUUACUUCACUACAGGUGAAAUGAUUGUAAGCAAACUGGUUAUUUAAAAAUGUAAAAAGGAAUGUGAAUGUCUUAUUAAAACAGUGCAUUGAAUAUAUACAGUCUAAACUUAUUUAAUUUUUUGUAGCAAAAGUCUUAGGCAAGCAAUCAACUAGUAUUUAUUGAGCUCCUAACUAAUUGCCCAGAGAUAUUAAACUUUAAGCAGAGUUAUAGAUUUUUCAAUUUCAACAUGAGUUUUAGUUUUCACCGGUUAUGACAUCCACAGCAAACCUUUUGUUUUGUUUUUGACUAAUGCAAACUGCAAAAGGACUGGUGGUUAAAAAAUUUCUUUGGAAGGACAGGAAUAAGGUGCCAAUGUUGAGAUUCUAAUAGGUUUAUCUAUUUAAUAUCACCUUUUCUAAGCUCACAGCUUUUAUUUCUUUGUAUGUUUAUAUGAUGUCAUAUCUGCCUGAUGUUAUAUAUUUCAUGAAUGCAUUGUACAUAUGAUGUUGAUAUUUACACAAUUUAAAGUAUAGAUGUGUUUUAUUUUGAAAUAUGAGGAUAGGCAUGAUAUAGUUCAGCUACAGUUACUCAUUCUGUGAAUUCGAACAAUAACAAGGUUACAACACUGAAGACUAUACAAAGCAUUUGGACGCUGUUCCUAUAUUGCUUUUAUUAAAGAAUAGCAAAACAAAAUAUCAUAUAAAUAUCGAGGGAAAUGUUUUCAUAUUUUUGAAAAUAAGUUUUGUUAUUGCGUGUACUCCUAUCCCAACCAUAAUAAAGAAAUCUGUUUCUAAUGGCAAUUCCUAUCCCAAUGUUUAUCUGUAUCACUUUUUAAAUAUAAUUAUGGUAAAUGUCUUUUCUUUUCUACAUUUUCCCAUUUUAAACAUUUGUAUAAAUUUA